AUGGCUUUCAGGGCAGCGAAAAUUUUUCGACUGACAUCGGUUGAGUUGGGAGGAGGAAGGCGAGCAUUUACUACUUCCACCACUCCAAAACAGAAGGGCGCGUCCCCAACGAUAGAUGCUGCUCAUUCCACCUCCAAGUUGAGUGUGAAGGCAGAGUUUGCACCGGUGUACAUCGUGGGGGGAAUGGUGUGUGUGGCUGUGGCAAUAGGAUCACACACUGCGUAUCAACAACUGGCGCGGUCUCCAACAGUUCAUGUGAACAAGCAAAGAAGAGAAACCAUGCCUGAGGUCUCUGAUCCUGAUCGCACCAUCAACUCAGCCAGCAAGUUCAUCGAUGGUUCCUUCUUAAGGAAAGUGUCUCACAUUCAGGACAACAAGGCCACACUCAACGACCCUGUCCACCCUAAUCCUUUCUCCCGUCCUCGAACCGCUGAGACAUUGAAGACAGUGGGUGUUGAUCCAAGCAGGCGUAGAGACGUAGAAGAUGCAGGAGAAGUGGUUAUAAGUAUUGUUUUGGAGUCUAAAGAAGCGGCACUAAAAGAUAAAGUUGUUGCAGAAGAAAGUGGAGGUAUAGGGUGUAAUUUGAUGGUGAUUAUGAUGGGAAUUAGUAAGGAGCGGUUGAGUGGGAUUUAG